AUGCCUUUUAUUAACACUGAUAUCUAUCUAUCUAUCUAUCUAUCUAUCUAUCUAUCUAUCUAUCUAUACGUUUGUGUUCCUAUGUUUACUGGCAUCUAUCUAUUUAUCCAUCUAUUGUGUUCAUAUGUAUGCAUGCAUCUAUUUGUUCUGUACCAUUCUAUUCUAUUGUGUUAUUUUGUAUACUUGCAUUUCUCUAUCUAUCUAUCUAUCUAUCUAUCUAUCUAUCUAUAUUCAUAUGUAUGCCUGUACCUAUAUUUCUAUGUUCUAAUCUAUCUUCAUUCUCAUGUUCACAUCUAUCUAUCUAUCUAUCUAUCUAUCUAUCUAUCUAUCUAUCUAUGCCUGUACAUAUAUUUCUAUGUUCUAAUCUAUCUGCAUUCUAAUAUUCGCAUCUAUCUAUCUAUCUAUCUAUCUAUCUAUCUAUUUCUUUUAUUCUAUUCCAUUCUACAAUAUGUCUGUACUUUUCUAUUCUAUUGUGUUCCUAUAUACGCUUGCAUCUAUCUAUCUAUCUAUCUAUCUAUCUAUUCUAUUCUAUUCUAUUCUGGCUAUUCAUAUGUAUGCUUGCAUCUAUCUAUUUAUCCAUCUAUCUAUUAUACUCUUAUGUAUAUAUGCAUCUAUCUGUCUAUAUUCUAA